AUGACUGUAAAAAUAUGUGACUGUUAAGGCGAAUGUUGUAAGGACUCUUGUCAUUGUGGGAGCACCUGCCUUCCAAGCUGUUCUGGCGGUGAAAAGUGCAAAUGUGAUCACAGCACCGGAAGCCCUCAAUGUAAGAGUUGUGGUGAAAAAUGCAAAUGCGAAACCACGUGCACUUGUGAAAAGAGUAAAUGCAAUUGUGAAAAAUGUUAG